AUGCCUGCAGGGCUGAAGAACAAGGUCACCUCUGCCCCUGGCGACACCCGUGGGACUGAAAACCCAGAUCCCGGUGUCUUGGUCCCCACAGUCUCGAGCAACCCAUCUCCGUCAGGUGGCAGCGCCCCAGGCGGUGACACAGCAGGUUCUUCAUCCUGCAUGGUGGCUGCUGCCGGUGCCAUUUCGCUCACUGGGGAGGACCCGGGGCCCCCCUCCAUGGAUGGUGUGCAGGAAGGGGGGUGCCCCGACCUCCAUGGCGGUGGGAGUCCCCACGUGGAGCUGAGCUGUGUGGUGCCCAGGAUGGGCCAAGGUGUCCAGACAAUGCCUGUGCUCAGUGGGGCCGCCGUCUGGCAAGCCGCUUGGGGCGCUGGCCAGCGUCCGACCCAGACCACGAGCCCAGGGAAUGGACGUGGGAGGAAGCGGCCCAGCCGCGAGGAGGCUUCCGGGUCUCUGAAGCUUUCACGGCACCGUCAGUUUUCCGGAGAUGAGGUGUCCCCGUGGUCGGCGUCUUCGCCGCCAUCUUCUCCAAGGUCUGAGCCCAGCCGCUGCGGCCAUUUUCAGGUUUCUCUGUGGAACCACGCAUCACAGCCAGGUCCUGUUCUUCAAAGCCAGGCUAAAGCACCAGGCCCUGCUCUCCGCAGUCCAGCAGUCAGACCAGGUCCAUCCCUCUGCCACCGCGCCACCCAGUCUGGCCCUGCUCUCCGCAGCUGUGCAUCGGUGCAACGCCUUGCUUGCUGCGGCCACACCACCCCAUCGGGUCCCGUUCUCCGCAGUCAGGCAACCAGGCUAGGCCCUGCUCUCCGUAGCCAUGCAUCCGGGUCCAGCGCUGCUAUUCAUAGCCGUGCAGCUGAGCAGAGCCCUGCUCAUCACCACCACCGUGCACCCGAACCAGGCGCAGCUUGCUGCCGUCUAUCUGGGCCAGGCGCUGCUCUCCAGCGCCAAGCAUCAGCACCAGGCCCUGCUCAACGCCGCUGCUAUACACCGAAGACAGGCCCUGCUUGUCACCGCCGUGCAUCUGGGCCAGGCGCUGCCGUCAACGGCCACUCCAGCCCGCCAGGCCCUGCUCAUCGCCGCCGCCGUGCUUCCGCGCCAGGCCCUGCUUCCCGCCGCCGUGCAUCUGGGCCAGGCGCUGCCAUCAACAACCACUCCAGCCCGCCAGGCCCUGUUCUCCGCAGCCACGCAUCCGGGCCAGGCCAUGCCCUCCAAAGCAGCCGCACGACUCCAGGCUUUGUCCUCUGGAGCCGUGCCACCCAGCGAAGAUCAGCCGCUAGCAGCCGCCCUUCUCUGCCUGAGCUUAAUGGCCAGAGUCCUCCUUCAUCCCCUAAGAUCGCCUUAAGAAGGCUAGUCUUCCAGAGAAGCUCAAGCUCUUCUGAUUUUGAGGUCCCGAACCUUGCUACCCAGCAGGUUUGGCAUGCAGUUCGUAUGCGUGCCUCCUCACCGACACCUCCUGAGUCAUAUGGUGAGAGUUUCUUCUUCUCCUCCUCCUCCUCCUCCUCCUCCUCCUCCUUUAACUCUGUUCUUUGGCCUCUGGACCAGAGCUCCUCCUCCUCCCCCAUUAAUUUUUCUGGCACGAGUUCCAAUAGGUUUUCUGGCCUGAGGUCCAUCUCUACUCCUAGCCCCGCUAGCCUUAGGCGCAUCUUUCUGCCCGAGUGUGAUGUCCUGAGCCCUCUGUUUUCAGGAGAGCCGGCUGAAAUAGGGAGCAUGCCUCCCUCUCCUACAUCUCCUAUGUUGUGA